GUCAAAGCAUCAUUAGCGCUUGCAUCCUUAACGAGUGAAGGGUCCUCACGAAUUACUGAAAAAUGAGCAGUCUAGUUAAAUUUCAGCUCGUAAGCUUCAUUGCUUUGUUCUUCUUCGCUUUGGCGGCGGCCCAGCAGAGCGCAGUGACACCGAGCGCGAUCAUCAACCCUGCGCGUUUUGAUGCCCGCGGUCGCUUCAAUCCCUAUUAUAACGAUCUUUACUACAAAAAUCGUCCGUUUAAAAAUCGCGACUACUACAAUCGCCAAUACUACGACAAUUUAUUUAAGAAAUACAAUCCUGGCGUAGCCGCUCCAGAGGCACGCAUACUCCAGCAGGAGAAUGAGUUGAAUUAUGAUGGCACAUAUAAAUACUCUUACGAAACGGAGAAUGGCAUACAAGCCGAGGAGCGCGGUGUACCAGUAAAGUUGGGCACCGAAGAGCAGAAGGAGGUGGUUGAGGGCUCUUACUCAUAUGUGACUGCCGAGGGCUUGCGUGUGAUUGUCAAAUACACUGCCGAUGAGAAUGGUUUUCAUCCAACAAUAUCAUAUGACGGCAUUGAUGCUGAGCGCUACGCCCGCGUCCAACAACCUGCCGACACUGUAAUUAUACGCCAAAAUUAAAUGCUUUUGACAUAUGUGUUCGCACUUUGCAUUUACGAAGACUUCAAAAACGAUGUUAGUGACAUCCGAAAUACACGAAUAUUUUA